AUGGAUGUAUUCAAUUUCACCUACUGGAAUGCCUCUGAAGGCAAUGACACAGAAGUCGUGGCAGAGAGCGACAGCGCCUACAAGACAGUGGAGGUGGUGUUCAUCGUGUUGGUGGCCGGUUCCCUCAGCUUGGUUACAGUCAUUGGAAACAUCCUGGUCAUGCUUUCCAUCAAAGUUAAUAGGAACUUACAGACUGUCAACAACUAUUUUUUAUUCAGCCUUGCAUGUGCUGACCUAAUUAUUGGACUGUGCUCUAUGAACUUGUACACGGUCUACAUAGUAAUCGGGUAUUGGCCACUGGGGCCGGUGGUGUGUGACCUGUGGUUAGCCUUGGACUAUGUUGUCAGCAAUGCAUCUGUCAUGAAUCUUCUCAUCAUAAGCUUUGACAGAUAUUUCUGUGUCACCAAGCCCCUCAGCUACCCUGUCAAAAGGACCACCAAGAUGGCAGGCAUGAUGAUUGCCGCAGCCUGGGUCCUGUCUUUCAUCCUCUGGGCGCCAGCCAUUCUCUUCUGGCAGUUCAUCGUCGGUGGGCGGACGGUGCCUGAGAAGGAGUGCUACAUCCAGUUCUUCUCUAAUGCCGCAGUCACUUUUGGCACCGCCAUUGCCGCCUUUUACCUGCCCGUCAUCAUCAUGAUUCAGCUGUACUGGCAGAUCUCCAGAGCGAGCAAGAGCCGCGUGAAGAAGGACAACCGCAAGCCGUCAGGAGCCAAUCCAGAGCCCCUGUCGCCCGGCCAGAGGAGGAACAACACGCCAAAACCCAACAAUAACAACGUGCCGGGGGAGGACACAGGACGUUCCCAGAGCCAGAAUGCUGAUGAUGGAGCUAACCAGCAUGACGGAAAGCUGCAAAACGGCAAAGGGCCGUCCUCGACCACUGCCGAGGGAGACACCGAAGGUGACGACGUGGCGAGGGAGAACUGCGCUCCUGCAGAAGAGAAGGAGAGCUCCAAUGAUUCAACAUCCGGCAGCGUGGCUGCGUCCAAUCAGAAGGACGAAGAGGCGGUGCCCUCUACCGCUAACUCCAGCGCAGAGGCGAGCCAGCCACUCCCGCGUCAGCGAGCCAAGGCGGGCGGCUCCAAGCUGACCUGCAUCAAGAUCAAGACCAAAUCACCCAAGGGGGACUGCUACACACCGUCCAACGCCACCGUCGAGAUCGUCCCGGCCACGGAGCGGCAGAAUCACGUGGCGCGGAAGAUUGUGAAGAUGACGAAGCAACCCCCCAACAAGAAGAAGAAAGCGGCGCCAUCACGGGAGAAAAAAGUGACCCGCACCAUAAUGGCCAUCCUGGUAGCUUUCGUGGCCACCUGGACUCCUUACAACGUGAUGGUGCUUAUUAACACCUUCUGCUCCAGCUGCAUCCCCAACACAGUGUGGACUAUUGGCUACUGGCUGUGCUACAUCAACAGCACCAUCAACCCGGCCUGCUACGCCCUGUGCAAUGUCACAUUCAAAAAGACAUUCAAGCAUCUUCUCCUCUGCCAGUAUAAGAACAUUAGGUCAGCCAGAUAA